AUGGGUCAACAUUUGUCAAAUGUGAAUUCGAAACUUGUUGAUUGGGCUAGUCAAUAUGGGACGAAGCUUGCGCCGGACUCGAUUAUAGCUGCCAAUGGUAAAGAAAAUAUCAGUCCAUUUGUAUCGAUGAAAACACUUGCCGAUGCAACAACAAAUCAAAUUUUGAGUUCUGAAAAAUUAUUGAUAAAACAAAUUCAAAAUUACCUUUUAUCACUGAGCAAAGCGAAUGAAUUGGUAGAGAUCAAUGCUGAAAUUAAUAAAAUCCUCAUGGAGAGUUGCUUCGCACCUAUUAUUGAUCGUUAUCAAAGUGAACUUCAAGGACUAAAAGCUAUUGUUGAUAAACAACAAGAAUUACAAAAAUAUUUUAAGAAAACAAUCAGGGAGAAAAACAUCUCACUCGGUGAGACUGCUACAUCAAGUGGUAUCAUUGAGAAAUCUACAGUAGCUAAUGAAAUACAACACAUAGAAGCAAACGAAGCUCAACCAUUUUCUUGUUUUGCAAUAAACUUGUUAGCAUCAUUAUUGCUAGUUUCAAUCAAAGCCCAAGAACGCAUCGAUCCAUCGAUUGCUACACAAAUAAUUACAUCAGCUAGUCCGUUGUUCGAGCAAAUCCCCAUUAGAAAUUUAUCACCAGAUGAACUAUCGUCAAACAUCAACAGCUUGGUGUCUAAAUCAUUGGCACCGUUGAUAAAUUAUCUAAAUGAAUUGUCUAUGUCAGAAGAUCACGCUUUAGCAAGACCAGCUGUGCAAAUUUUAUUAACGUUUUCGAUUGCGCACGGAUCAUUCAAAGAUCUGCUCCCUAUCAUCAGCAGAUUGAUAUUCAAUUCUACUGACAUUUAUAAUGUUCGAGAUUUAAUUGCAAAAAUGAACAACAAACUUACAGAAACUAUCAACCAAUUUGAACAAAGCAAGGCAAUAGCGAAGUCAACAACAGGCGAGCUAUCACUGAUUUCAUUGGAGUAUUUAACGUUCAAUGGAGUAUUUCCUAAUGCAAAAUUAGCAGAAAUAGAUGAUACAAUAUUUACUAGUGAAUUUAUUUCAUCGGUUAUUCUGGCAUAUGUUGACAUUUACAAUGAAAUUAAUUUAAACAAGCAAUACCAAAAUGGUACAACGUAUAGUUCAAUUUCAUUUGAAUUUCAUCCGAAUACGUUCAAGCAAUUGUUUCAUAUUCUAGCACAAUUAACUACAAUUAUAGCAGAAAAUCCCAAACCAGUCCUAAAUCAUAUUCUAACUGUUUGCGUCAGAUUAUUUAAAACUCAUUUAAGAUUUCUCUCUAGCAUGAAGUCAACUAUUGAACGAGAAUUAUUGGCAAAAACAGAAGAUGAACUAAUAAAAGUGACUCAAGACACUUCCAAAGAAAAUGCGGAUAAUAUUGAUUUAGGUGCAUUUGUAAAUGACGAUGAAUUAAACAAAUGGUUUGAUAUAUUAUUGCAAUUCGCUUGUGAUGAUCAGAAAUCAGAACGAGCAACAACGUGUAGAGAAGCAUCAAAAGCGCUGAUUUACGUAAUGAAUUUAAAAGCAACAUCAUUUACAGAAAAUCUAUCAUUUAUUCAUAAAUAUAUUAUUGAAAAUAAGCAUCACAUAUUGGUCGAACAAUUAAUCGUUGAAUUAAAUAAAACAGUCACACGAUGCAAUUGGGUGGAAAUUUCGUCUCGUGAUAAUACACCAGAAAAUAGUGAAUUGUCAACCGUAUUGCAUUCUUUCAUCGAUCUUUAUUUCAAUUCAACGAGUAUAUUGAAUGACGAACAAAAUCAGCAGAUACAACAAGUACUUAUGUCAUUUCAACAAUUUUUUCUAGUUCGUUUAGUACCACCUUCUAGAAUGAAAAAAAUUCAACUCCAACCGACGGAUAAUAACAAAUUGGACGAAUUUGAACUAUUUAUUGACAAGAUUUCUGCAUUGUUUUUCGCUCAGCAUAUCGCCUAUAUAUUGAGAAAUCAUUUGAACAACAUAUCAAGAUCAAAUGACUUAAUGAAUCAAAUCUUUGUUGGUCUGUGUUUAAUGACGCAAACAGAAAUUUUCAGUUUUACUACAGUUCAACCAAUGUUCACAUCGAUUUUACCAUUAUUAGCAGACUAUUUACUGAUAGAGAGCGUAAACAAUGAGGAAAACACUCUACACGGUCUCUAUUGGCUGAUGGGGAAAAUGAGUAAUGUAUUGAUUACUGGCUCCGAACAGAAUUUAUUGGAAAGAGAACAUGCUGACGAAUUGAAAUUAUCUUUGUUGACUGGUGGAUGCGAGAAAACAGCAAUCGACGAUAGCAAAUAUCUACGGAGCUUAUAUGAAUCCAAUCUUGCCGUUUACAGCAAGACUCCAUGGGCGAAUCAAAAUCAGCUGCUAUCGUCCGAUCAUGAUUUUUUAAUGACGGUACAUAAAAACACUGGUCAAGGUGCAGAACUGAUUAAAAAACUGAAAAUCUACGUUAAAAACCAGCCGCAUUUACUCAAAUCAAUAGAAGAACAAGUAAAUGAUGCAUGUGCCGCUCUAUUCGCUGUGUAUCUUAAACACUAUCGCCGAGUUAAUAUAGCCAAAUUGGAACUAUCUCGAGCAGACGAUAGAAGACCACAUCAUAAACUCAUAUCUCUAUUUGAAUAUGCAUGUCAAGUCCGAACAUUAUUUAUCACUACGAAAGCACAAGAUGGCGAUUGCGAUGCACUAUAUAAGAAAAUCAAAAUGAAAACAUUAUUUCUACUAUCAAUUGUGAAAGAAAGUAAUUUCAUUCCCAUAAUUCAAGAGGAUUUAUCACAAAUAACAUCGAAUAAAAAAGCCAUGGUAGAUGUACAACAAAACGCUGGUGCCGCGUUAAGGAAAGAAAGUUCACGAUGGAAAACAGCUAAGCAUAUAUUUACAAUACUAAGACAUACGCUACAUGCUUGCAUUCGAUUUAAAAAAAUGAUGCUAGCUAAAAGACAAGCCGUUGAACAAAAUCAAGAUAUCGAAAGUAUUUUGAAUAAAGAAAUCCAUAGUUUUGUUUGUAGCCAUCGCCAUGAAAAGCUGAUACCGAUCGCCAGUGAAAAAACAACGUCGGAGUGUGAUGAACUUGCUCAAUGUAUGAUCAAACAAUACGAACGAGCAAUGACUCGAUUGAUGACAUAUCGCUUUAUAAAUACAUUUAUACAGAAAACGUUAACAAUCGAAGAUAACACGCGAACGUCAAUAAUUCUAUCUAUAUUUUCACCAUAUCUAAGGAGAUCUGUGGUCAAUUGGUUCUAUUUAGAAAAUAUUCAAGUAACCAACGACGAAUUGAAAGAAGAAAUUCGAAACAACUAUUAUUCAAUUGGCAAAAACAUUUUAUCUUUAAUUCUACAAUCAAAAAUAGGCGAACAAAAUAUCUUCAAUUUAUUGAAUGUUUCGUACACGGCAGCCGACAUUUAUCUUCUACGUCGUCAUCGAUUCGUUGAAAUAUUAUUUAGAACCUAUGUUAGUUUUGUCGAAGUGAAAGAUCAUUCUGUUUCAAUUGCUACAAAACUAAUCGGAUAUAAUUGGUUUCGACUUUAUGUCUUAGAGGUAUGUAGAAAUGUGCAAAUUGAAGAAUCGAACCGAAAGAUAAAUGAAGAAUUAAUAGGAGAAGAAAAUUUUCUCUUUAAAACACUGGUUCUAAACGAAUUGAAAGGAUUGAGGCAAUUGAAACAAACAUUAUCAAAUGAUACGCAAGAAAGUAUUGCAGACUCUGUAGAAUGUAGAAAUCAUUCUUUGAAUAAUGCUUCCAUUGGUUGGUUUAUUCAUGCAACAACGAAAGAUCAAACAGUAGACUAUUCCAAGAGUUUAUCAUCGAAAUUUGAAAUUGAACUUUGCACAAAUCAGUGGCUGAGUCUUUUGCUUCGAUGCAUUCAUUUGUAUGAACAUGUUCGAACGGUGUGCGGAACUAUUGAUUUCAUUGAAGAACUCCUAUACAUUUAUCGAAAUAGUCAAAAUCAAGCAACAAUUUUACUUGCAUUAAAAAUCUUACGUGAUUUACUUCCAUUACUACCUGAAACUACAAAUGGAUCAGAAAAUUCAAUGAUCAGCACACUAUUGAAUGAAUUUCUAUUUUCAAUCGGUGACAGUUACACUUCACAAACGAUGGCAUCCGAAACGUUGACUGAACUAAUCUACAUUUAUCGUGCAAUCAUGUCGUAUAAGUCGCCUUGGCAAAUGAUGGCAAGACAACUAGUAUUCGAUAGUAUCACAUCCAGUUCGAAUACUAUCGACUGGCAAUCACUCGAAACCAUAAGCACAAAACAAUGGAACUAUUUAUUAGCUGCAUUAUUUAUCUUAGGUGGAUACAUUCAACCGUAUGGACUAGGUUCAAUUGUGGAAAUCUACAUGGAUGAUGAAAAUAAUGAAUACGAAUUGGGUAUCAUCAUUGAUGUCGAUACGAAUGCGUGCGAUCUUGUUGCGGUUGAUUCGGCACCAUAUCUUGUUCAAUAUUUACAAGGAGAUAAAACUGAAUGGGUUAAAAUUGAUAAAUUGCAAGUUAAAUUAGAUGUAUCUGCAGAGAAAUUAUUCGCCGUGUCAAAUACUUGUGAUUCAAAUACAGAUAUAAAUUCAAUUCUUGAUACAUUAGGUUACAUCAUACGACUUGAUACAUCAUCAACCGAUUCGUUACAUCUUUUACAACUUAAACGUUAUGCUAUCACGGCGCUCUACGGCAUUUUAAGUAAAAAUCAAAUAAUUGAUAUUUUCAUGGAAAAACCAUAUGCUUCAUGGGUUGCUCAAUUGUCCAUGGCUGAUUCGUUGAGUGAAGAUCAAAUUAAACCGGCUGAUCUACUUCUAUUUAAUAGAUCGCAUUUGGAACAAUAUUGCUUUAGUUUAGAUCGGUGUGAACGGUUGAAACAAAUUAUUAAUAAUAGUUCUGAAAAUGCAACAAUAGAAAAUACUCAAAUUGACUCAUCGCCAGGCGUUCACAAAAAGGCUCAAGUAUAUAAUAACUGGAAGCGAUUUGCAUCGAAAUUUGAAAUAGAACUAUAUAAGGAGGGUCGAAAUGGUAGCGAUGACAUUUCAAUUGUUCCAUUUCCACACAAUAUAGCUGAUUUAGAUGUAAUUGAAGAGUGUGGCACUAACCACCGAUUUAAAGGCCGAAUUCAUAUGACUUCUCAAAAUCAACAUGGAGCCUUUCCUUCGUUUAUAGUUGAAAAUUUACAGUUAAGUCACGGUAAUUGGUACUACUGCGUUAGAUUAUCAACGGCUGGUCUUGUUCAAAUGGGAUGGGCGACAGCUGGAUUUACACCCGAGAGUGGCGAAGGACAGGGUAUUGGUGAUGAUAAAUAUUCAUGGUCGUUUGAUGGAUCACGUGGGACUCUGUAUAGCAACCAAGAGUUUCAAUUUUUGUCACGGCAUAUUCAGUGGGCAGCAAACGAUGUUUGCGGAUGUGGAAUCGAAAUUGAUGGUGAAAAUACGCGAAUUAGAUAUUGGCUGAAUGGUAAAUUCUUAGGUACAGCAUUUGAACAUCAGUCAAAUAUUGCAUCGACAACAAUCAAAUGCAAUCUUUUACCAAAUGGACCGGCUACAACGUAUUUUCCCGGCAUUACUAUGCAAGCGCACUACGGCGGCGAACAAAGUUGUGAAUUUAUAUUUAGUCCAGAAGAUAUGAUUGAAUGUCCAUUACCCGAAGGUUACAAACCGAUAUUAAUGCCAAAAUUGAUUCAUAAAAAAGAAUGUUUUGUUGCUUAUCCAUACAGUGCAUAUUUGGUAGGUGACGAUGCUCAAGAAUUUAUUUAUACACCACGUAGGAUAUCACCCACCGGUCUUCUACGUGAUUUUAUCAAUGAACAGCAUAUUGAAACUAAGUUACCGAUCAGUGAUAAUCAACUUUUAUUGAAUGAAGAUGAUGGUGGUGGUUUUCCGUUUUCCAUUGAUAAUUCAACUUCAUCAUUAACGAUUAGUUUUGAUUUUCGAAUUUUAAAUACGCAUAGACAUGCUUCAAAUGACAAUCUUGAGAUUCCACUAUUUAAAUUACAAGAAACUAAAGAAUAUUCAGUACAAAUACCAUUCAAUAAAAAGGAUGAAUCAAUACGAACUGUAAUUUUAAUUGAUACCAAAGAACGGCAAAUCAAAAUCUUUAUCAAUAACAAUUGUCAAAUCACCGAUGAUGCAUUCGAUAAUGCAACACUGACCAAAUUCAAUUUUCAUUUUCUGCCUAAUAUGAAUGCUGGGAUAAAAAAUUUCGCUGUUUGGAAAUAUGCACUUUCAAAAGAUCAUGUUCGGCGCCUUUUUACUAACGGUGUUUUUUAUGUAGCCAUGGAUUACGCACAACUGAACACCUAUCGUUUACAAGCGAACAGAUUUACAUUCAUGAAAAAUCAACAAAAAUUUCAAAAUAAAUUUCUAGUCCCCAUGAACGAGCCGUUUGAUGAGACAUUAUGGGCACAAAAACAAAUACAAGCUGACAACGAUGAAUCGAAAUAUUUUAAAUCAAUAGCUGGAACGAACGAAUCAGUUGUGCAAUUAUACGGACAUAAAAGUUAUCUCGUUGCAAAAAAAUCAGCUAGUACAUGGAAAAAUUAUACACUCGUUCUUGACAUUUCCAUACCCGAUUUUCCCAGUAGAAGAGAACAAUUAACACUAGUUUUAUUGAAUCCUACAACAGGAAUAUUUGUCUCAUCCGAAGGUAAACUUUUUGUUUCAACGGCAGAUAGCAGUAACGAAAGUGAUGAAACGCUAAACUUGAAUGAAUGGAUGCGUUUAGUCAUUAGUGUAGAUGAUAAAUUUAUCAAUGCAUAUGUCGAUGGAUUAUUACUAUGUAUGAUCGAAUUCAAUGAUGGUUCAUUGUCUAUGAGUACAAAUCAAUUUCAUCUCUUUAGAGAAGUUAGUUUACGGCGCAAUAAAACAUUUGAAGAUACGCUUCGUAUUGAAUGUAAAUCAAUUACAUAUUUUAGUCGACCAAUAGUAUCUCAUGAGAUGGAUGAAAUAUUGGAAUCAUCAAACUAUUCUUUAGAAUCAUUAGUUGCGCCUUCCUAUUCAGAAAUCUCAACAAGUCUAAUUGGUAUAGGAUAUGAAUCCGCGUGGAUAAAAUCCGUUAUGAACGAAUAUAAAACAAGUAAUAUUCAAUUAAUUGAUACCAUCAUUCGUGAAAAUAAAAACGAAUUGGUAAAGAAAGAUGAGCAAAAGCGAAAAAAGCGCAUUUUAAAUAUUCUAUCAACAUUAGGUUCUUCGAUAGAUCGCGAAAAAUUGGAAUAUUUAAUCGAUAAUUCAUUAGCUGAUACGGACGAUCAGACGGCAGCUAUUGGUGAACUUGUGCUAACUAAUUGGAAUGAUUUACAAACAUCCACAUCUUGCAUUGUUGAAAAAGAAAUUGACGGAGGUGAUAUAAGUACAGAUCAAACAGAAAAUAAAUGGUUUCGACGCACAAUCAAUAGAUUUGGUUCAAAUUAUGGUUUUACUGAAUGGAUUCAAGAUAAAUCCAGCAAGACGGAGAGCAUGGAUGAUACGUAUCAACUAUUCGAUUACAGUAAAUCGGAACAUGAACAAACAAUAGCAGCAACUGGACUUUGUGAUCAACGAGCGAAAAUUAAAAAAUCUAUUCAAUAUUCACAUAAGAAUAUUUCCUACGAAGAAUAUUCUAAUUCUCGUAUUGCUUGCGAAAACGGACUCAUAUCGAUUUAUGCACGAGAAAUAAUUUUGAAUAUAUUAAAAUUUGGAUCAAUGAGUAGAUCACCACAUGGAUUCCCGCUGGAGAAAUUGGGUGAUUACCCAUUUAUUGUAAAGUUAUUACGAUCGAUAGACAAUCAUUAUACAUAUGCCAGUAUACGUUUCGAUGAUAGCGUGUAUAUAGUCAGUUCUUUAGUAAAAUCUAUUCUCAAAAAUGAAAUGAAACAAUUAAUUGGAAAUACUAAUGAAGCUCUAUCAAGCAAAGUUCCCUUAUUUUAUUAUUUGCAAAAGGAUAUGAUCGUACGAUCGAUUCUCUAUUUAUUGAAACUUUCGUCAUCGAUGGACGAGUCAGAUAACAUAUCGGCAAUGAUCUACGAGCGAACAAAAAGCGAAGAACCAAAUUUGAAUUUUACUCUGAAAAUGUUAAACCUAUUUGUAGAAUUAGUAACCGAUAAAUUAACGAUCAAACAUGAACAAAUGGAUGCGAUUAUGUCGAUUGUCUUUCCUGAAUCAUUGAUAAGCGCAAUGUUCAAUUUAUUCCUACUGUUGCCAAAGCAUCAAUCGAAAAGUUUUAUUCUCCAACUAUUUGUUACGUAA